UAAGAAGAAGAAUAAAGAGAAGUGGGUUUGUUUUGCCUGAGUUUCGAAGUAAGUUCUAACCCAUUCUCCACGAUCAUCUUCUCCAAAAACACACAAAUCAAUAUUCUCUUCCACCUUACAAACACUCUUCAAUUCAUCAAUUCCACCGCAAUUAACCAUGCAUCAAGGAGAUUAUACCUCCGCUCCAUACUACCAAUUCCCUCACAUGCAAAACCCCAACCCUACGCCACCGCCUCAAUCCGAUCCAAUUCCCAACCACUACGCCUCCGCACCACCGUUCACCCCCAAUUACGAUUACCCAAACCCUGCCUAUUCUCCAUAUCCUCCUCAUAAUCCCGAUCCUGUUCCAUCCUCAAACCCUAAUUUCAAUUCGCAAUUCGACUCCAAUCCUCCUUAUCAACCACCACCGUCACAACAACCAUAUUAUCCUCCGUAUGAUCAGCAUCAAGCACCUCCGAAUUAUGCCCCUCCUAACCCUAACCCUAAUCCCAAUCCUAUUCCGAAUUCAUCGUUAUAUAAUCAGCCUCCGCCUCAGGCUCCGUAUUCCCACAUUCACACCGCGUCUUCUGUUCCUCCGAUUCCGACUUACGAAAGCCAAUACGAGAAUCCGGUGAAAUCCGAUUACGGUGGUGGUGCUUAUUUUGAUGACAGAUACGGAGGAAGUUUUAAUAGGAGCCAGUCCGAUUUAGGAUCGGAAUUAUAUGGUAAGCGUCACGAUGGUGGUUUGUCUAGAUAUGAAUCCGGUGGUGCUGGUGGUGGUUUGUCUAGAUAUGAUUCCGUUGGUGGUGGUGGUGGUGGUGGUUUGUCUAGAUAUGAUUCCGUUGGUGGUGGUGGUGGUGGUGGUGAUGAAGGUUAUGGAGAUGGCGUGUAUGCUUAUCAAGGGGGGAAAGUGGAACCAUAUGGUGCGCGGGGUACGGGUUCUAAGUCUUCUACUUGGUCUUCCACGCCGUCGUUUGAUGAUUUUGGGAGACCGAUUAGUUUUAAUACUCCGAAGGAAUCUUCGGUGGCUAGUAAGAUUGUGAAAGCAGUUCCUAAGGUUGAUACUCAGGAAGAUGUGAAAAGUGGGGUGCAGAAGUUUCGUGUUAAGAUGUUGGCUGAGAGUGGUGGUCAGAGUACAAUGGAUGUUCUAUGCCAGGUUGGUUUGGACGGCCUUCGAAUGCUAGAUCCAAAUACCAGUAGGACUUUGAGAAUAUAUCCUCUUGAGAACAUUACUAGAUGUGAUAGAUUCGAUUCAACUACCUUUGCAUUUUGGUCGAAGAGCCCUGUAGAUAUUGAGCCAAGACGAAUCAGAUUGCAGUCUAAUAGUUACACUACAAACACACUUUUGGAUACAGUGACUGCUGCAACCAUACAGUUCAAGGAAAUGGGUGGAAACAGGAGACCUGCUGAAUCAUUGAAAACAAAUGAACAGUCUACUGAAAGAAAGAAAGGCCUUGGUGAUUGGAUGAAUAUGAUUAAACCUGCCAAUGAAGAGAAAGAUCAUUGGGUCCCAGAUGAAGCAGUCACAAAAUGCACCGCAUGUGGCACUGAUUUUGGGGCUUUUAACCGCAAGCAUCACUGUAGGAACUGUGGUGAUAUUUUUUGCGACAAAUGUACGCAUGGUAGAAUUGCUCUUACUGCUGAAGAGAAUGCUCAGCCAGUACGAGUUUGCGACAGAUGCAUGGCAGAAGUGACUCAGAGGCUGAUCAGUGCCAAAGAAUCAUCAAGUAAACCUCUUUUGCAGAGUCACGAGGAUCUUGCUCGGAAACUUCAGGAGGAGCUGGAGAGAAAUCGGAAGACAUCAGGAUCAGGUUCCAAGUCUGACGGAACUGGAAGACGGAUGAAGGAAGUUGCAUGUCCUAUUUGCACUGUCCAUCUGCAGGUUCAGGUACCUACCUCAGGUUCAGAGACCAUCGAGUGUGGAGUUUGCCAGCAUCCAUUUCUUGUGAGUUCGUAUUGAGAGUUCAAAUAAAUAACAUGGAUACGGAAGGCGUCUUUAAGUAUCAAGUUCAAAAAUCAAUUAUUUUACCUAUCUAUCAGCGCUUGCACAUUAAUGAUUACCUAUUGGGAUUGCCUUAUGUUUACUUGUUAUCUUUGGGCUUGUUUUGUGACCAUUUGUUACGUGCAUCAAUUUAUUUUUGUCCUGUGAGCUUGGUAUUUAUAUAUUUUUAACUUUUCAUCUUCUUGUGUCCUGUAUAAAAUAGAAGCUGAACUUUGAUGUAUAUGUGAAAUUCAUUCCGGGCUUGAGUCAAUA